AUGCAUUGGCCCACUUCGUUGCCGCUGCUUUGCAGCACUAUCCUCCCAUUCGUCACUGGCAGUCUUGCGCUGCCGAAGGCACGGUCGAAUAAGCACUAUGCCAUCAUGGAUAAUGAUUGGUACACGGCAGGCUUCGUCCCGUAUUUAAUCGCCCUUGAUGGGGGUGUUGAUGUGCUGGGACUAGCGUCGGAUACUGCCAAUUCCUGGCAGCCCCAAGGGGCAUUGCAUGCUGUCGCCACCCUCGAGGCCGGCAACCUCAGCUGCAUUCCAGUUUACCCCGGCGCCACUUGGCCCUUAAUCAACACACCAGAACGGUUCCAAGCAUGGGAAACCAUUCACGGAAAGCUUCCCUGGGAAGGUGCCUUCGCCCCGGAGAACAAGACCCUUGAGGCUCAGGGCAAUGAUCCCACCUCUGGCAAUCCAAACCGCAUCGUGAAGGAAGCCUUUAAGGAGGGAUUUCCUAAGGGCAAGCCCAACAACUCUACUUCUGCUGCAAACUUUAUGGUGGAAAUGGUCCACAAGUAUCCAGGCCAAGUGUCUAUCUACUCUGCUGGUUCUUUGACCAACAUCGCCUUGGCCGUCCGUAUGGACCCUCAGUUCGCAUCGCUGGCUAAAGAUCUAGUGAUCAUGGGUGGAUAUGUCGAUCUCAACAUGCUCGAGGCCACGGGUAGCAUUAUGCUCGCUGACUAUCAAUCUGAUAUUAACCUCAUGAUUGACCCGGAGGCAUCCAAGAUCGCUUUGACUGCGGACUUCCCUGAGAUCACCAUUGCUGGCAAUGUCGCAAACCAGGUGUUCCCCACAAAAGAAUUCGUCGAGGAGGUUGCCUCUGUCAAGAACCCUUAUUCGGAGCUUUUUUCCAAAUACUAUGACCUUUCUUUCCCCUUCUGGGAUGAGACUGCCGCGGCCCUAAUGGUUGACCCUUCUCUUGCUACUAACCAGACCUCGGUGUACCUUGAUGUGGACACCUCCUAUGGAAGCCCCAAUUAUGGCAACAUCCACGUCUAUCAGAAGGCACUCGCACCCGGUGGUAUUCGCCAGGUGAACUAUGUGUUUGAGGUUGAUGCCGACAAGUUGAAAAAUCGGGUUAAGCACGCUCUGCAAUAUCCAAAGACUUGCGCGGAUCUGAAGAAAUAA